AGAGCUGCAGAGAACUGGCUUGAGCCGAGGGACAGAGAGAGAGGAUGGGAAGAGGGAAAAUCAGAUCUGGAUAACUGCGCAGAAACUCACUCGGGCAAACUUAACAUCUGCUGGUGGGUUUAUUUGGAAGGAUCCAUGUGGACAAAGAGGAACAAUGCCUCGUGCGUAAAUUGGAAAUCUGUCACGGCUAUUGUUUGUUUAAAAGUAAUAUGCACUUUAAACCCAAAGGGGAAGGAUUGCACUCCUUGUUGACAGUCUGACGCGCAAAUUGUGUCAAAGAAAUCUGGAUUUUUAUGAUGACAUUAAGGAAAUGUAGUAAAUGUAAAAUGUAAAUACUGCCAACAUCAAUGUAUGUAUGUCUUUUAUUAACGUAAAAUGAGCCUUCAAAGCGUAAAAAACACAUCAAAAUGCAGAGCGCGUAAUGGCUCGCUACUCCAGUCCGGAUUUUCCAUGCGAGGCUUGCCGGAGCCCUGGAGGUGGAUAAGCUGGUAAGAGCCCGCUCUCUCUCAUGCCAUGCUGGGCCACAAGGGCUCCGGGAGACGCUGCUACAUAUUACCGAGAACCGGGAUGGAGGAGAAGAGGCGGAGGGGGGAAGGAGAAAAAAAAAGUUUCGUUUAAAGCCUUGGCAGAGAGAAACUUUCAACAUGAUGAAGCCUCACUGACGCACCAACAACAGCAACACCAGCGCUAUAGAACAAAGCUUGCUUUUUUUCCACUGAAUCUAUUUUUUCUCCUCCCAGCUUGUUUUUUCUUCCCUCUCUUGUGUUAUUUCUCUGUGCGUGUGCUCACACGGCUGGUCGGAGCUCGCUGUCACUGCGCGCUGUAGAGGAGGAGGAGAUGUUGGAGUGACCAUGGCUGCGCAAGUUGCAUCGGCUCCGACCAGAACUAAUAACAAGAAUAAGAAAUUAUCCAGCGGUUUGGGUUCAGUGGAGCUCAAUUCGGGGAAAUCGGCUGGAGGAGGUGUUGGAGGAGGUGUUGGAGGAGGAGGAGGCACCGUACAGCAGCGGACUGGACCGAUGCUGGGCGCCGGAGAUGGGACUCUGAAUAAUGUAGACCAUCACAACCACCGCCGGAGCGAGCUCAACAACAUGGUUCAUUCAACUUCCACGACUCACAGCAACGUGUCGUCGGACGGCGGCCACCACGACAAGGAUGGGAAUAACCUCACGUCCGCCGCGCCGGCUUCUUCGACUACUAACUCAACCACUUCCUCGAUGGAAACGGGUUUGAUCGCGAACCACAAGCUGAAAUGUGGAGAUCCCCCUCAGUCUCAACAACCACCACCACCGCCGCAGCAGCAGCAGCCGCAAUUCGGCCAAUUUGCGCCACAUCAGCAGCAGCAGCGACAGAUCCAAAGUAACAACAGUAACAACGGCCAGGGGCCCCGUGGGGACCGGGGGAUGGAUCACCAACACCACGGUGGAAAGGAGAACCUGUUGGGGGGCCAGGUGGAGCCACAGCAGCAGCAGCAGCACAUGCCAGGUAAAGGUGAGGUGGAGCUCACCUGUAAAGAGAGGAUGAUGGGUGCCAGGUAUGAACACUCUAACUUGGGGCCAACUAGUAACAACUCUGAGUUCAACAACAACAACUAUUACACUCCGAGGCCCUGUUAUGAGCAACAUGGCGGACAGCAGCAAGGCAGUGGGAUGGGGAUAACGCACACCUCGGCACAUAAUAGCAGCAUGGAGAACUCCCACGAAGCAGGGUACCACCACAACAGCAGCCAGUACAAUCAGUAUUCUGGGUACCGGGCGGGGUAUGGUGGUGGUGGAGGGGCCUACGGGAUGAUGGGGGGCCCCUCUGGGUGCAGGCAACCUGGGAACAUGAUGAUGGGCAGCAACUCCUCAUCAGCAAGCCACGGUAAAGCUCCCCUAGGAGCUGCUGCUUCUGGAGGCUUUCAGAGGUUCCCAGGACCGAGUCAGCAGCAGCAGCAGCAGCAGCAUCCCUCAGGGGCCACCCCGACACUCAACCAGCUGCUGACGUCCCCCAGCCCCAUGAUGCGGGGCUACGGAGGUGCAUAUCAAGACUACAGCGGCUCAGCAUCGGCGCAGCAGCAGCAGCAAGCCGGCAUGGGCCUGGGGAAAGACGUGGGGCCCCAGUAUGGAGCCACCUCGGCCCACGGUGGCUGGGGAGGAGGAGGAGGAGGGCAGCAGAGAAACCAUCCUCAUUCAGGAGGAGGAGGAGGAGGAGGAGGAGGGCAAGGCCUUGGCAGGACGCAGGUGUCUAUGGACUUCAUGGCUAUGAAGCGCUCGCAGCUGUACAGCAUGGCCAACAAUCCCUACUCCAGCCCACAGCAGCCAGGGGGCGGGCCUUACCCACCUAGCCAGCCAUACACAUCGCCUCCUCCACACAGAUACCCAAUGAGCAUGCAGGGGAGGGGCCAAAUGGGCAUGGGCGGGAUGCAGUAUCCUCAACAGCAGCAGGUGGCGCCAUAUGGCCAGCAGGGGAUGGGGGGCUACAGCCAGCAGCAGCAGCAGCAGCAGCAGCAGCAGGCGGGGCAGCAGGGAACCCCUCCGUACUUCAGCCCCCCUCAGCAGACCCCCCCUCCGGGCCCGACCCAGAGCCCCUACCUGCAACCUCGACCACCGCCACAACAGGAGGCCCAACAGGAGACGUACAGCACCAGGGGUCCAGCCCCAGGGAACCCUGGGAAGGCCAACAAUGAGGACGGCGUCCCCCAAGACCGCCCGUCCAGUCUGCCGGAUCUGUCCGGCUCGAUUGAUGACCUCCCCACUGGGACGGAGGCCGGUCUGGGCUCAGCCGUCAGCGUCGGCGGCGGCUCCUCCAGCAGCAGCAGCAGUAGCCAAGGGGAGCAGGGAGGGGCCAGCAACCAGGGGCAGUCCCCCUUCUCCCCCCACGCCUCCCCCCACCUCCCCAGCCAGCGGAGCGGGCCCUCUCCCUCCCCCGUGGGCUCGCCUGCGGGCUCCACUCAGUCUCAGCACUCGCGAUCAGGCUCUGGACCCAUCUCUCCCGCCAGCGGACCCUCAGCCAACACCACCGCGCCAGGUUCGGCGAUGGCCCCACAGAGCUCUGGGAACGGACCAGAAGGAGCCCACCCGCCAAUCACCCGCUCACCUAUGGCUCAGGAGAAAGGGUUCAUGUCCAACAUGCAGAGGAGCCAGGCUGGCUCUCAGUUUGCUUCUCCUCAGUCCGGACCUCCUAUGUCCCCCCACCCCUCACCUGGGGGCCCAGUGUAUCCUGGGAUGGGUCCCUACUCCCAGAGCGGCGGCCCUUCAGGCCCAUAUGGACCUCAAGGAUCACAGUAUGGACACCAAGGUAACUAUCCUCGGCCCUCCAACUACGGUGGGCCCGCCAGUACCAGCUACAGCGGCCCCGGCAUGACCAACAGCCUUGGGAUGAAUGCUAGCAGCCCCAUGCACGGCCAGGGGCCCGGCCAGCCCAUACCUGUAGGACGCAGCCACGGCCCCGGCAGCCAGAACAGGGUGUACCCGCCCAUGGCUCCAAGCUCCCCCAGCAUGCCCCAGCCAGCCGGGCCCGGGAUGGGCCCUCCUUCUUUGGGUAGCUCUAACCGUAAGGCCCAGGAGGGAGCAGCAGCUGCCAUGCCGGGAACUGCCAACUCAACACACAACAGACGGCCUCCAUAUGCGAGGUCCCCAGCCCAGAUGCAGCCACCCCACCCCACCUCCACCCACUGGACCACACCCCACCCCGCCUCUACCCGUCCACCACCUUCACCUCCACUCAGACCUCACCAUCCACCCAUCCUGCCACCCCCACAUUCACAGCACCAUAGGCAGGGCAGUUAUCAAAGCCCCGGCAUCAGCCAGGCGAGCACCAUGGCGACCACUGUCCCCUACAGCCAGCCAACGGGAAACAACAGCUCAGCCAUGGGCAACAACGCACAAGGUCCAGCCUACAAUAUGCCGCCUUCAGGAGCCAUGGGAAUGUCGGGAGACGGGAUGAUGAGCGCAGACGGGAAAGCGAAAACGGACGUAAAAGACGAUAGCGGCCCCGCCAACGAGCCUCACAAACCAAAGCUACAGGACGGCUACAGCAACAAUAACAGCAACAGCAGCUCCCAGCAGUGUGUGUCGCAGCCAGCCACGCCAGGCGGUGCCCUGCCCGUGCCCUCCCCCCUCUCUCCCAGCCCAGCCAGCCUGUCCUCCUACCACGGAGACGACAGCGACAGCAUCAGCAGCCCCCCCUGGCCCCUCAAGACCCCCGCCAGUCCUAAAGCCAACCCGAACUCCUCCGCCCUCAGUGGGGAGCGAAUCACGCGGCUGUUUGAGCUGGGUGUGGAGCCUGAGAGGCGGGGCUGGGUGGAGCGAUACCUGACCUUCAUGGAGGAGAGGGGUACGCCUGUCACCCAGCUUCCCGCUGUGGGCAAGAAACCGCUGGACCUCUGGAAGCUCUACAUAGCUGUCCGGGAGAUCGGAGGCCUCGCCAUGGUAAACAAGAACAAGAAGUGGCGCGAGCUGUCCACCACCCUGAACGUGGGCACAUCCAGCACCUCCGCCAGCUCGCUCAAGAAGCAGUACAUCCAGUAUCUGUUUGCCUACGAGUGUAAGAUGGAGAGGGGAGAGGAGCCGCCGGCAGACAGCAGCAGCAGUGGCAGCAGCAGCAUGGCUGGAGGGGACAGCAGGAAGCAGGUCAAGAUCCAGCCACCCUCACCUGCUAAUUCCGGCGGCUCCCUCCAAGGCCCGCAGACGCCCCAGUCCUCUGGCAGCAGCUCUACAGCGGAGGCAGCAGGGGAUCUGAAACCCCCCACACCUGCCACCACCCCUCUGGGACAGGUCACACCACUGCCCCCCAACAGGAGCAGCGUGAGCGUACAGGACCCCUUCUCGGAGGUGAGCGACCCGGCCUUCCAGAAGCGUGCUACCUCCCUGCCCCCCUCGGCUCCUUACCAGCAGGGCCUCAGCAUGCCCGACAUGAUGAUGAGGAUGCAGUACGAAGCCAAGGACCCCUUCGCCGGGAUGAGGAAGAUGGCGGGAGCUGAUCCCUACAUACCAGGCCAGAUGCCCAGCGGUGGCAUGCAGGACAUGUACGGUCGACCCCCGUCAGCCUUGAGCAUGAGCCAACGGUCGCAGUAUCCAUACGGGCCAGGCUACGACAGGAGACCGGACCAUGUGAUGGGGAUGGAGGGGAACAUGGGUCCCCCUGGGAGUCAGAACAACAUGGGACCUUCUAACAGUGAGGGCAGCAUGUACUCUCCCAGUAGAUACCCUUCACAGCAGAGACACGAUGGCUACAGUCAGCAGUAUCCCAGCAUGCCAUAUGGGAUGCAUCCAUCUGGGAUGUACCCACAGCAACAGCAGGGCUACAAACGGCCCAUGGACGGCAUGUAUGGCCCCCCACCCAAGAGACACGAGAGCGACAUGUAUGCCAUGCAGUACGCCAACCAGCAGCCGGACAUGUACAACCACUACGGUGGUGGGUACUCCGGCCCUGAACACAGACCCAUCCAGGGACAGUUCCCCUACCCCUACCCCCGCGACCGCAUGGCCCCCUCGGGUCAGAGCCAGCACAGUAUGAUGGGUGGGGGCCCCACUCCUAACCAUGCCACCGAUGGCCCCAACAUGUGGCCAUCCAGGACAGAUCUGGGCUACCCCUACCCCAACAGACAGGGGCCGCCGUCGCAAAUGCCACCUUACGGCUCAAUCGGUAGAGAUGACAUGGAUGGGCGGCCGGGGCAGGAGCAGUGGCACCGCCAGUCUCCCUACAUGUCGUCAUCAGGUGGCAUGCCUCCCUUGUCUUCACGCCAGCCAUCCUCUUAUUCCAACUCUCCAUCCAUGGCCAACCACCUGCCCAGAGCACCCAGCCCGGGGGCCUUCCAGCGCUCCAUGGACUCUAGGAUGUCACCCAGCAAAGCACCGUUCAUGUCACCCAUGAAGAUGCCUAAGCCUGGGAUGGCCAUGAUGGGCUCACAGGGAGGCGGACCUCUUGGUCACUUUCCUCCCAACCUGAGGCGGGACCUCAACUAUCCACCAGGAUCCGUGGAGGCCUCCAUGCCGAUUCUCAAGCCCCGACGCAAGCUCACCUCCAAGGACACCGGAACGCCCGAGGCCUGGCGCGUGAUGAUGUCUCUGAAGUCUGGCCUGCUGGCAGAAAGCACAUGGGCUCUAGACACCAUCAACAUCCUGCUGUACGAUGACAGCACCGUGGGCUCCUUUAACCUCUCCCAGUUGCCUGGAUUCCUCGAGCUGAUUGUGGAGUAUUUCCGCCGCUACCUGAUCGAGAUCUUCGGCAUCCUGGAAGAGUUUGAGGUGGGGACUGUGGCUCAGAAAAGCCUUUUGGACCCUGCUGCUAACCAGAAAGAAGAAGAAGAAAUCAUCCCUGAGCUGGAAACGGACUCUACUGCCCAACCUGAACCAGAGUCAGCUCCGGCAGCAGAGACGCCGGUGGAGCAAGCAGGAGGCGUCGCGGAGGAAGCUCCACCAGUCGCCGCAGAGCCGGAGUCAGCGGAGGUGAACGGUGAGAAGGAGAAGGAGGAGGAGUGUGAGGUGAGCAUAAAGAAGGAGGACAAGAAUGAAGAGGACGGAGAGAAAGAGGGGAAAGAAGAAGAAGAGAGUGAAAAAGGCGCAGAGAGUAAAAAGGAAUGUGUCGACCAGCCUGUUGCAGAGCUAGAACCUAAACCUAAGCAAGCCAGUAAAUAUGAUAAGCACCCCAUCAAGAUUGUCCACAAAGAGGAUCUGAUUGAAGACAUGACAGAGCACUUAGGCUACGUCACCGAGUUCACCAGCGGGUUGAUACACUGGCAGGCUGGCGGAGGCGAUUCCACCGCACACAUUCAAACACAAUUCGAACCCCGGAGCGAGCCACCUCCCAGGGCGGAUGGAAAAACAGGAAAAGAGGAAAACAAGGUGGACGAAGGGAAGAAACAACCGCUGAAACACAUCACCGCUACUAUUGAUGAUGUUCUGUGCGCUCGGGUCGACGCCCUUUCUUACGCCCACCCCGCGCGCUCUUUGCCCUCCUACCCCUUCAGGGUGCAUCAGGAUGGGGAGCAGGACCACAUCACCUUGCUGGAGGACGAGCCUCGCUGCGUGGACGAGGCCGCGCUCUCCACGUCCUCCGCCUGGCAGGACUCGCUGGCCAAGCGGUGCCUCUGCGUGUCCAACAUCGUCCGGAGCCUGUCCUUUAUCCCCGGGAAUGACUUGGAUAUGUCGCGCCACCCCGCUCUGGUUCUCCUCCUGGGCAGGCUGCUCCUGCUGCACCACCAGCACCCGGAGAGGAACAGAUCGCCUCCUAGCUACCAGAGAGACGAGCAGCAGGAGCAGGGGCUGUCGGGCAGCAAAGAGGAGUGGUGGUGGGAGUGUCUGAGUCUGCUCAGGGAGAACGCCAUGGUCACUCUGGCCAACAUCUCGGGUCAGCUGGACCUCUCCACCUAUCCCGACACCAUCUGCCUCCCCAUCUUGGACGGCCUUCUCCACUGGAUGGUGUGCCCUUCAGCCGAAGCCCAGGACCCCUUCCCAUCAGCAGCACCCCACUCCCAGCUCGCUCCCCAGAGGCUGGUGCUGGAGUGCCUCUGCAAGCUGAGCAUCCAGGCCGGCAACGUCGACCUCCUGCUUGCCACGCCGCCUUUCAGCCGACAGGAGAAACUCUUCACCGUCUUGUUCCGCUACGUGAGUCAGAGGAAGGCCCAGGUGUACAGGGAGAUGGCGGUGGCUGUUCUCUCCCACCUGGCACAAGGAGACCCCACAGCGGCACGCGCCAUAGCCAUACAGAAGGGCAGCGUGGGUUACUUCGUAGGCUUCUUGGAGGAUGGCGUCAGCAUGGCGCAGUACCAGCAGAACCCUCACAGCCUGCUGCACAUGGGGCACCCCCCUAUGGACCCACCUAGCAUAAACAUGAUGUGCAGAGCAGCUAAAGGCCUGUUGGCUAUGGCUAAAGUGAAGGAGAACAAGAGAGAGUUUGUGCUGUACGAAAGCAGAUUAUUAGACAUCUCCAUUUCCUCCGUGCUCAACACGGGGGUGGUGGCUAUUAUUUGCCAAGUUCUCUUUCACUUAGGGAAAUUAUGACAAGAGGAGAGGCAGGACUCGCACGGCAGGCGCUAAGGCGGACAAGAUACUUCUGUGGUUUUCUAUUUUUAUUUAUCAAAAAUGACAGAAAAUGUUUGUUUUUUUUAAAGAAA